GGAAGUGACCAAAGCUGCUGUAUAACUGGUGUGAGACAGCCGAUGCAAUUCUGCAUAUGUUCUCUAAAUUCUUUGCCCGGGGGUGAACUCCUGAGGAGCGAAUGACGAAACAAAUUUUGCUUUUGUUCACAUUCAGAGGAUUAAUAAGCAAAGGAAAAAAGGGGAAAAAGAGAAAAUGGCCAGUUUUAUAUUACGGAAAGCUGAACCCAACGACGUCUCUGAUAUCAUGCGACUCAUAAAGGAACUUGCGAAAUUUGAGGAAAUGGAGGAGAAGGUCAUGCUGACCGAAAAAGAUCUACUUGAAGAUGGCUUUGGAGAGCAUCCAUUCUACCACUGUUUAGUUGCUGAAGUCCCAAAAGAGCAAAGCCCAGAAGGAUACACUGUGAUUGGCUUCGCCAUGUAUUACUUUACAUAUGACCCUUGGAUUGGAAAGCUGCUGUACUUGGAAGACUUCUAUGUCAUGGAAGAGUUUCGAGGUUUUGGCAUUGGUUCACAAAUCCUGAAGGCUCUGAGUGAGACAGCAGUUAAGACUCGCUGCAGCGGCAUGCACUUCAUCGUUGCAGAAAACAACACAAAGUCCAUUGAGUUCUACAAGCGAAGAGGAGCAGCCGAUCUCUCCACUGCCGAGGGCUGGCGUCUUUUUGAGAUUGAAAAGGAGGAUCUGUUGAAAAUGACUGCCAAAUAAGCGUUUACUGUUUAUUGACUGUUAGUAAUGGCAUCAAUCAUGUUUUGUUUGGCCAGUGAUUUGGCACAAUCUUAAUAAAUACAUUUAAAAUUCAACUGUUAUCUUUAAUCUGAAGUUUAGUCAGACCUGAUUAAAGAAUCAGCACUGUGAUUUUUGUUUCCGAAUCUUUAGAGAAUUUAACCAUUACAGCCCUCAAGCAUUAAUUUUACCCAAAUUUCAAAGAAUAAUUAUGAUUUUGUAUGUUAGAAUUUGUUUUUAUUCCUAAUUGAUCAAUCAUCUUGAGACAUCUGUGUUUCAUGUUUCAACCAUUUGUUGGAGUGAUUAUUUGCAGAGGAAGUGUUUUUGUUGUGCAUUCAUAUUUUUUUACUGCAUUUGCAAUAAAUUCAUUUUAACUAUC